GAGGAUGAGGCGCAGAAAAAAAGUCAUCCUGAAGCGUUUGGCAGACCGUGACGAGAUACAAAUAGUCCGUCAUCCUUGAGUAACCAUCUUGAGAUGAGAUGUGUAGUUGCCCGGGUGUGUGCGUGUGUAUGCGACAGAUGAUCGUUAAGGGCGGCGGUGGCCGAAUCGCUGCCGAAUACUCUCAGCACCGGAAGUGUCUCCACUUGCCUGCUCGGUAGAUUGCUUUUCAAGACAAAAGAUUGGAUAAGAGGGUUCUAAGAUGUCUUUAGGACACUAAGGUUCAAAUUUAAUCGAAAAUCAGCAACGAUGGUAACGAUGACUAUUUUACCUCCAGUGCGCAGAUGGUACCACCGGCGGUGAGCCAAACCCGACGGUGAGAUACUUGAGCUACGGUGAAGUAUUAAAAUCACGACAAAACUUUGGUACCAUCCGAGUAGAAGUCUUGUACUCCUUCAUCUUUCAACCCCCGCUCAACCCUGGCCACUUCCACCGGAACACCCUCCCGGUGGGUGGAAGUGUGAAAGACGAAAGUUAAUGAAUUCGCCGCUGUCUCAUUUCCAUGCCUGGGGUGUGGCCAUGUUUUCGGAACACUCGAGAAUGCGGAUUAAAACCGGGAAGUCUACAGGCCUGUCCCUUCCAUCCCCCAUCCAUCACAAUCAGAUUUGCCCCGUUAAACGUUCGUGUAGUACGCAACGAUCGUCUCGGGCGCCAUCUGGUGGCAACGCGACACAUCAAACAGGGUGAGAUAAUUUACCGCGAUGAACCAUACGCAGUCGGGCCAAAGAUUGCGAACGUACCGCUGUGUCUUGGCUGCAAUCGUAACCUGAUGCCACUGUGGCAACAGCAGCCGGCAGGUAAUCGUGUGGAUCGCUUCUACGAAUGUACUCGGUGCGGUUGGCCACUGUGUGGUGCGAGCUGUGAGGAAUCGGCUCAGCAUAAGAUCGAGUGUAGCGUACUGGCAGCUAGUGGAUAUCGGCCCAAUAUCCGGCCCCAUCCAUCCAAUCCCGAGCAUCGUGAGUCGGCGUACUGUGUGAUUGUGCCGCUGAGAGUACUGCUGCUAGAACGGAAUGCGCCCGAAAGGUAUGCAACGGUGCAAGGGUUUGAGUCUCAUCUGGCCGAGCGGUUAGCGAGUCCGUUGUAUGGUGUGCUGCGCUCGAAUCUGGUACCGUUCGUGAGGACCGUGCUGGGACUGCAGCAGUACAGUGAGCAGACGGUACUGGAGUUGAGUGCGAUCCUCGACACGAACUGUUACGAGAUACGGUUGCCCGAGCAGCAUGUGAAGGUGCGUGGAUUGUAUCCGCUCGGUGCUAUGCUGUCGCACGAUUGUCGACCGAACACGAAGCAUUACUUCGACGAUCGAUUGUAUAUGGUGCUGGUUGCGACGGUCGACAUUCCCGAGGGUGCAGUCAUCCAUGCGUCCUACACGCAACCACUGCUCGGUACGGUACAGCGCCGGUUAGCGCUUCGGCAGGCGAAAUGUUUCGACUGUGCCUGCGAACGGUGUACCGACCCGUCUGAGUAUGGUACGCAUGCGAGUGGAUUCCGCUGUCCAAACUGUCGCCGAGCACCGAGCUUCGUACUGGCAGCAGAACCGACCAAUUACAGAACGAUUUGGCGCUGCCAAAAUCGACGCUGCUCGUACCAGGAACGACCCGAGCAGUAUGUGGCGCGCUGUGAGCGGUUGCAGCAGGAACUGCUCGCCCUCGAUCGUACCGAUCCGUCCGGGUACGAAUCGUUUCUGACCCGGCACGAACCAUCGCUUCAUCGCUGGAACGCUUACAUCCUGCAAGCGAAGUACGCGCUUACGCAGCUGCUAAGCAGCGCUCGAGCGACAAACGGUACCCCGAAAGAAGCCCCCAUUCGCCGCACGGUGGAGCUGUGCCGGGAUUUGUUAGCCGUUGCGGACCGACUCGAACCCGGCUACGGAACGUUCCGCACGAAGCUGCUGCUGGAGCUGUGGGCCGCGCUCGGCACACUACAAUCGCUCGGUGUCUUAUCGGAUCCCGAACGCCAGGAACGGUGCACGGUGCGAACCGAGCUGGAGCGCAUUGCCAAAACCGACCCAACUGUGGACGUCAGCAGCUUUGGUGGUUAGUGUGGUUAGUGCGUUGAAAAGGGUCCCCUUUAUUGCUCGUAAACCUCCACUCGACCGUGCGGGAUACCCUGAACGUGUGGCCGCGUAAUCGAUGUCGGACCGUCCCUCAGAAUUCUCCAGGAUUUUGGUCCCCCCCCCCCCCCCCAUCCAGAGGCAACCCAGAAAUUGGUGGUUCGAUUUGUUCACAUCCACAAUGUGUGCCGCUUUAGUGCUUCCCCUUCACCUAAGUCCUCUCCUAGUGUGUCCUGAACCGGAUGGGACGGCGUUGUUCGAUGAUUGACCGGGUGCUUGAGAAUAAAUCCCUGAGUUUCUUUCUUUUUUCCUACGGUAUCGCGUACCUUCUCUGUGUGCCUUGUGUGCAGUGUCCAAGCUGCUUCCGUCCAGCGAAAAAAAAAAGGGGGACGCAAUCUUUUCCAGCAGAGUGAUUAUCGGUGACGAUGUGUAGAAUUGAAUGAGGAGAUGGGAGGGAAGCGGGUAGAGGGAGAGAGGUAGAGGAACAGAGUGUUAUGUGCGCUAACGUGUGAAAAUCCACUUCACUAAUCCAAGGACAUUCAAGGACGAACAAACUGUCGAUAGAGGGGGCAAGUGGCACGAAAUAGUGGCCAGGAAGGUAUUGUAGUUGGAGUUGGAGUGACUUUUUCUGCCUUUCUUGUUUUGUUCCGUAGCCUUAGAAGUGUUAAGAAUGUGGACAUACGCACGCAUACACAUAUGAAGCGAGGUGGACGUACGGAAGGGUUAAGCGUUGCAUGCACGUCAUCCCGGGACCGUUUAAACUUCACCAACUUUACGUGUAAGCUGAAUAUCUUAACCUCACGCACGGCUCACUUCCUUCGACAUGUGCACACUAUGGGGUUUUGACGAACAAAAAUAAAAAUUAAUAGGCUUCUGCUGAGUAGUACAAA